AUGGAUCCCAGCAGCGUCCAAAAGGAGGAGGAAGAGCGUCGCGAGAAAUUCGUGUAUCAUCUCGAGACCUGCUUCAACGUCAUCAACCACGGGCUGAUUGCGUAUGUGACGAUCUACCUAUCGUACUACUCGUACGCCCGGGGCUUCGGUAAUCUCUUCACCUGGCACAUCUUUCUCUGCUCGGUCGGGUAUCAAUUCUUUAUGGCGGAAUCACUCCUGACACUACUAUCCAGUAACUCUUGGACGGAUCGGUACUCGAUCGUCAAGAAGCGCCGUCUGCACUGGAUCCUGCAGGUGAUCGGUUGCGGUGCCAUCUUGGCCGGUACUAUCAUCGAGAUCUGUCUUAAGGAACGGGCCGGUCGGAAGCACUUUCGCUCCGAUCAUGCCAUCACCGGGCUUGUUUCGCUGAUUUUUAUCGGUCUCUCGUUCCUGAAUGGGUUGGCCGCAUUGUAUACCGCCAAGAUAAGGCACCUCGUCAAGCCGAUCUACGUGAAGAUGUGUCACUACCUGACCGGUAUUGUUGCCUUCGUUAUCGGUAUGACGUCACUAGCGCUGGAGUACUCACCGAGAAUGAUAUCGAGGCAGCACCGGAACAUGAUAAUCGCUUUCACCGCCAUCACGACCGCGCUCACACUGAUCGGUGUGUGCAAAACCAUCUUCAACCAACUCCGACCAAAGAAGCAAUAG